AUGAUCGAGAUAUCUUUUGAUGAUGCAAUAAUACAGCCAAUUAAAAUGUUCAAGAAAGCACUUACAAAUAUCUCCGAUAACCUUUCACAUCAUCUGACGCCGAGCGUUAAUGAAUCAAUUGAGUGUCUUCAAUUGCUUGCACAAACAGCAAAAGAUACAAAAAACAGAAAGAAACUCGUUCAAAUACCUGAUAUACCAUACCAGGAUGUUGCGAUAUUAUCCCUACAACAGUCUAUUAUGUUGCCAAACAUUUGCUUGAAGCAAACUCUCGACAAUUAA